CUCCUUUGAAAGAUGUCUCUUAAAAGUGCUUCUCCCAUUUCUAUUUAAAGUGUCUCUCCUUGAUCUGAAGUCUGUCAUCUGCCAGUAGAUGGGUCACUUCUGUACCAAACUCUCUUGUUUGAUUCACGGCUGUGCUUCACCUGUCUGAUCUCUCUACAAAACCCUUGCAGCUCCUCACUGCACGAGAGCUUUCAUCUCUGAAGAGUGAGACCUCCUUGUGAAAAGUACUUUUUCUGGAAGAAAUGUUCUAAGAAUGUCAUCAGGCAUCCAAAUAAAAACAAAGUCUUCAGCCCAGAAAAGCAAGACAUGUUCUCCAGAAUCACAGCCAAAACCUAGUGCAAAGCUGAAUCCUAAAACUAUUGAUCCAGUAUGUUUUCGUGCUUAUUCUCAACCAUCAUCUGCAUUUGCUGCUACCUAUGCUAGAGGUGGUAUUCCCUGCAGGUUAGUGCAUGGAUCAGUAAAGCACAAACUGCAGUGGGAAUGCCCUCCUGAAACUGUUUCCUUUGAUCCUCUUCUUUUAACAUUGGCAGAGGGACUAAGAGAGACAAAACAUCCCUAUACUUUUGUUUCCAAGGAGGGUUUUAAACAAUUACUUCUGGUUGAAGGUGCUGCUGAAAAAGUUAUUCCCUUGCUGCCUCGUCUAGUUCCAGUCUUAAAGGCUGCAUUGGCGCAUGCAGAUGAUGAAGUAUUUGGAAGGGGAUUGGAUGCUUUAGUGCAAUUGAGUGCUGUUGUUGGCCCAUCUCUUAAUGAUCAUCUUAAGCUUCUACUCACAAAUCUUUUAAAGAGAUUAAUGGACAAGAAAUAUAGAGAAGAAGUUACUACUGCUUUACAAAAGUUGGAGCACUGUGGUGGAAAGGCAACUGUGGCGAUCAUCAAAUCUAAAAUUCCAACCUAUUGUUCGAUCUACUCUUGAACAAGGAAACUGUAGUGAUUUAUACUGUAAGGUGAAGUUUGGAAAGAAACUGUGUGUAAAUAUCACUGACACUUAUUUGGGGUAUUAUAUAUUCUCUUAAAAUAAUAGUUAUUCCUCAGUAUGAUGGAGAGCAGGAGUCUUAUCAGUUUGUGAAUAUGUAAUUAUGGAAGAGUUUUCUUUGUAUAUUUGUAUAUACAUUUGGCUUACAAUGACACUGAUUAAUGUGCUAUUUCAAGAGCAGAAUAAAUAUUGAUUCUUAUUUAGUUUUUAAUUACAAUUUCAUGUAUUAUAUCUAUAGUGCUUUAUAUGUUUUGUAUAUUUGUGUGAUGCAAAAUAAUUUUGUUGUAAUUACUUAAAUAAAAUCUAACUUGGUGCUAAAUCA